CUCUGACGAUGACCGACAAGCCAAACAGCCACACUUUCAUGUUGGUCAUGGCCGAAGGUAUGGUCAAGGAUGCAGGGAAUGACAUGAUAACUCCGGAUGCCUAUCUGACGAUGUUUGACGAGCGGAUAACGACUUUCAAGCACAAGUUCUUCAAUUCGAACAUGAUAUGGCGAGCGACGGGAGUCAGUCCAAAUCGAUAUGAGUUCGUCCUAUGCCGAUGUUUUCCCUGACUCGUUGACAAGAAUGGUCAGUUGCAUGGUAAAAGAUGAAGAAAUUAUCGGCCUUUGUGGCGAACUUAACGAAAAUUACGAACAAAGCACAUUUUGUGUCCUCAAGCUAUUCAUAAAACUAUCGUUCCCUGAUACUUUCCGCGUGAUCCUUUCUCAGCAUCGUCGACUCUCGACCGUUCACAACCUAGCAUGAUUAAUAUUGGUUCGAGAUCUAUGUGGUACUUUCUGUUUCUCCAUGCAGGUCGUCGACGGUCGUUGGUUUGGAUUUGGCUGGUACGCUAGUGCUACCGGCUGCUAUCCAUUUCACAUUGUACCUCAUCGACAUCAUUGAGUCUAUAAUCCCAAAUCACACGAACACCACGAUACCUUCUAAUUCUGCUGGCCAUCAUUCUUGGUCUAC